UGUAGCCAAUGAUUGACGACCAACCACAGUAACUGCUCCGCCUCCUGUAGGCGCAAUUCUCCCAGAAAGCGGAGGACAAUAUUUUAUACCGCAGUUUGUCGCGUUAACGUCCUUUGAUAAUUUUCCCGCCGGGUGUGUGAGCGUGUCCCGAUCUCCUCUCAGCAUGGCGCCUGGGUGGAUGUGAUGCAGCCGUGUGAACGUUUGAAGACAAAGUGAGAUGCUUCCCCGGAGCGCUGAACCUGUUCCAUCCCGCACACAAAGCCUGUGAAGCAGGCCGUUUUUCCGACCAGAGACGCUGCGCUUAUGAUGCCGAAACAUGUCGGGGAAUCAUUACAAAGGACACGAAGUCAGCUGCUGCAUCAAAUACUUCAUUUUUGGAUUCAAUAUCCUGUUCUGGCUGUUGGGCAUGGCCUUAGUUGGAAUUGGAUUGUGGGCAUGGAGUGAGAAGGGGGUUCUGUCCAACAUCUCAUCCAUCACAGACCUGGGCGGUCUGGACCCAGUCUGGCUCUUCAUGGUGGUUGGGGGUGUCAUGUUCAUCCUGGGCUUUGCUGGAUGUAUCGGAGCACUGCGAGAAAACACCUUUCUGCUGAAGUUUUUCUCUGUGUUUCUGGGAAUCAUCUUUUUCUUGGAGCUGACGACGGGGGUCCUGGCGUUCGUCUUCAAGGACUGGAUCAAAGACCAGCUCAACCUGUUCAUCAACAAUAACAUCCGGGCGUACCGGGAUGACAUCGAUCUGCAGAACCUAAUCGACUUCACUCAGGAAUAUUGGGAGUGCUGCGGUGCGUUUGGAGCAGACGACUGGAACCUGAAUAUCUACUUUAACUGCACUGAUGGGAAUCCCAGCCGGGAAAAGUGUGGAGUUCCCUUCUCCUGCUGCACCAAGGACCCAGCGGAGGAUGUGAUAAACACUCAGUGUGGAUACGACAUUCGAGCUAAACCAGACUCGGAGCAGAAGGACUACAUCAAUGUAAAAGGCUGCGUGCCACAGUUUGAGAAGUGGCUACAGGACAACCUCACCUUGGUGGCUGGGAUCUUCAUAGGAGUUGCACUACUGCAGAUUUUUGGGAUUUGUUUGGCCCAAAACUUAGUGAGUGACAUCGAGGCUGUGCGGGCAAGCUGGGUGCCCCCCCCUCUCUCCAUGCGUCGACUCCCACCACACUCCAGCAAGAAAGCAUCGGCUUACUACUCAUGAGACACACACACACGCUGUUUGUGUGUUUGUAGCCGUUUCUUUACCUAAUGCUGAAACAGCAUUUCACUUCUAACAGUCUUUGAGCAGAACGUCAGGGAGCAUUCAGAGGACGUCACUGAUCACCUGCACCACGUUGUUCACUGAACCAGCACCUUUUUCCAAGGCACUAAUAUGUGAAAAAAAUGCUCUGUAUAUAACACUGUGUGUGACUACUGUAAAAAGAAAACAGCUGGAGAGGAUGGUUAAACAUGCACUACACUACAAUGCUCCAGUUUUGGUAGCUGCGUCUAGAGAGUAGGAAUUUUGAUACAUCUUUUUGAUAUUAGAUUGGUAUUUUUCACUGUGGAAAUAAUGCUCCAUUGCUAAACCCAUCACAUAGGACUGUGACGUAGUGUAUAAAAGAAACUGAGGUGUACUUCUUUCAAAGUUCAGUGCUUGUUUUACUUACUUUUCCAUCACUUGUCCACAGUUACAGAAGUUAGCAAGCUAUAACACUCUGGCUGGUUUUGGACUGAAAGCCCGAUCUCUUUGUUUUUUUGUUUUUUUGUCAAAAUAAAACUUUAAAGGUCCCAUA